AUGGAUGCUUUCGUGAAGCGGCUAUCAGAUGCAGACGCUGAAACUCGAGAUGCUGGACGCUCACUUGGUGAUGCAUCGUCAGCUGCCUCGAGACCGUCUAAGCGGUUAAAGAGGGACAAUGGCUCCGAUUCAGAGUCGGAAGAGCCAAGUGAGCUUCUGGUGGAAUAUAGGCCACAAGAAGUUGCUGCUGCAGAGGCAUUUUCGGAUGAAACAGACCAGCGCCGCAGCAAGGAGCGAGUCACCGAGUUUGAGAAUGCUCUGCCGCCCACCGAGACCAAUGAAGAAGCAAUUACAGAGUACGAGACUCUCAGGUCUUCCCAAAACAACGCUGUCGAAGAUAGUUCGAAGGUGAAGACUGCUCCUUUAUGGAUCAAGGGAAGAAGCUCGAUAUAUGUCGAUGCAUUCAACCUCGCGCUAGAUACAGUCUUGGAAGAAGAAUCGUCCCUGUUCAGUAGCAAAGAGAGCGAGAUUUUCAAGCAAUGGAGAAGUUUGAACUAUGAGGCGCAGUAUUUAUACGUCCGACUGUUUCUCCGGAAAACUGCGGCAUGGCAUCGAUCCUCUCGCUUGGGGUAUUUCAACGACAUCUCGGACCAUGAUAGCGCCAUCGCCACGCUCCAGGAGUCCCGAACUCUGCCUCUGGAACAUGAAGAAAAGUCACCCGUAGAAAACCAGCUGGAAACGCCUGUCGAAGAGGCUGCAUCGUUACUGUAUCUUGAUGAGCUCAAAGCUCUAGCUAAAGAAGCCAAGAUCCAAGGGAAGACCAAGAUGGAUAUGAUCAAAGCCUUGUGCCGGGUGAGCCAGCAGCAGGCUGGGCUGCUGUCUUUGGGCAUUAGCAGACAAAACAGCAGAGAUUCGAACGCCUCUGAGGGAAUAGACCGUCCUACUUCCACAGUGCGCAAAGUGAAAAGGGAGAAUUCCAAUCGAGAACAACAUUUUCUGGCCAAAAUCCUUGCCAUUGUCGGUCCAUGUAUUCGAAUAUCACCUGCUACUUUUACACUAUUCGAGAGAGUUCACCUAGUGUUUUACAGAUCUACGGAAUGGACAGAGAAGUCACUGACGACUAUUAUUCUGGCAAAGAUUGCUAGGCGGAAUUUUCCCGAGUACCUUGUGUGUCGCUCUUCCACAAUAUUUGCAUCUCGAUCUCACUUACUGGAAUACGAGGCGGCCAUUCAUAUGGAAGCGGAGGUUGAUAAUGUGCUUGAAUUCAAUGGGCCACUAGAUGAAAAAGGUUCGCAGAAAAUACUCGGCAUUUUCGAAAGGGUAUACCCCCGCUGGAAGGUGUUGAUUGAAGAAGAAACUGAGAAAGAGCGCCAAGUCUACGAAAUGGGAGAGGGUGCCUAUCUCAGGAGAUUCAAUCCUGCCCACUCAUAUACACGAAUAAUCGUGAAAGCUGCCUUUGUCCUUGGCAAACUGAAGAGAUACGCCAGGGAGCAUGAGCUGUUGACUGAGCUUUUAGAACAGCGACUCUUUCAUCUUUCUCGAAGGGGCUCCUGGUAUCAACGCAAGGCUCUCCUAGAAGAGCAUUACAUGCCCAGCCUUGAUCCGGAGCUCACCACCCAUGAGUUGGAGCAGCAAAAGAAGCGGUGGAGGGCCAUAGCAGUCUCGACUUGUGAGACAGGCCUUCAAGAUCCCGAUUGCCAUCUCAUACACCACUACGACUUACAAAAACGACUGGUCAAAUUAGAGAAGAAGCUUCGUAUCCCCAAACGUCUUCAGCAUGAUUUCGGACAUGUACGGCUUGCUGAUCCCUUGGAGCUAUCGGUUGAAGGGGUCCAAUUGAAGAAAAAUCUACCACUGAAGCCGGGAGGCCAAGCUGCAAGUACGAGAACCAUGUGGUUGGACGAUUCAGACUCUGGCGGUGUGUGCACCGUGGAAGAGAUGUGCUUGAAUCACUUCCGGUCACAGGGGUGGAAGGGUUACCAUGCUGAGGGAGGCAUUAUUCGCACCCUGUUUGCUUACUUGUUCUACGACAUCCUGUUUCUCUACAUUCCCAACGUAUUCCAGACGGCCUUUCAAACUUGUCCGCUGGACUUGCACACAGACGCCUUCUUCCCUGCUCGGACCUCGGAGAUCAACCAUCGACUGGUCGAAAUCGCCAAUGGAGAGGGUGAAAGGCUGCUUCGUGGGGUCUGGGAACGGGAACAUGAGCGACGAACCAGUGUGAUAGGUCUCAAUUGGGAUUUCCCGGUGGAGGACUUGACAGAACUAGUACGCUGCUUCCAAGGUAGCGCUUUAGCCGCUUUAUGCAAGGUGAUGGCUCAGGAGUACAGACAGAGAGGUGGAGGCAUCCCGGACCUUGUUCUCUGGCGGAUGGCGCAAAAUAAUGAAGCAGACGGCACAGACAAGGAGCCAGGAAAGGCAAGAGGAGAGGCCAUGUUUGUUGAGGUCAAGAGUGCAAACGACAGGCUGAGCGACACGCAGCGGCUAUGGAUCCACGUCCUCACUGGCGCUGGGGUCAAAGUCGCUCUUUGCAAUGCCGUCGCAAAGGAAAUCAGAGAAAUUGGCUAG